CUCUCCCCUCCACUCUUUUUCCACACCACCACCCCAGCAACUCUCUUCUCAGGUUCUUUGCUACGUCUCUGCUCAGCUUUUAAUGUUUGUGCUUCACUUAAUCCUCAGACAAAUGUUUGUUUCCAGGAGCAGAAACGAUAUAACAAACAAGGAUUAAGAGGAAGAGGAAGAUAUGAUGGUUGCAACCUUAUUGUCUCCAUCCAAUUCAACUCUAAUCCGUGGUGUCCUUAUAAAAGAAAAUUCAUCAUGUCCCCGAAUAUUUUUGGGCAUUAGAGAAAGGAUUCUGAAUCAACAUGCCACAAGAUGCUUUCAUAUUUAUGGAAACAAAAGGUUAUCUCGUAGGUUUCUUGUGUUUGCUGCAACUGAAGGUUCUGCAAAGUCCAGCAAGUCUGAAGAAACUGUUCCAUCUUGGGCUAGACCUGAUUCCGAUGAGCCCCCUCCUUGGGCUCAAGAUGAAGGGAAGGAGUACACAGUGCAGCAGAGUUUUGAGAUUCCCUUCUAUGUUUACUUACUUGCCUCAGCAGUAACUGCCAUUGCUGCAAUAGGUUCUAUUUUUGAGUAUGCCAACCAAAGGCCUGUUUUCGGAGUUGUAAACUCAGACAGCAUUUUCUAUGCGCCCUUGCUUGGUUUCUUUGCAUUUACUGGCAUCCCCACUUCUGCAUUUCUUUGGUUAAAAUCUGUUCAAGCUGCUAACAAGGAAGCUGAGGAACAAGAUAGGAGGGAUGGUUAUCUGUAAAGUCAAAUUUCAUAAGUUGCCAACUGUAAUUAUUCAUCAUGUAGAAUUAUUCUCUGGAAAUUGAGCACCUUUCCUUAAUUAGUUAAAGGUAUGGCUAUUCAUUUUAGUCCUGCUUCUCUGAGGUGAAUAAAGCUCGUGAUCCUUAUUACAGAAUGCCCAUCGAUUUACUUCUACUUACAACUUUGAACUGACUAAAUACCAGCAUUGGACAUAGGUCAUAUUGCCUUGUCCAUCCUGUUUCUCUUAUGACCAAAUUGUUAGCGAGGUAGCGGUUUGAAUAAUUUUCAGGUCUCAGCCGAUGAAGUGUGAGUGUUAACGGUGAUAUGGGAGAUGUUAAUUCUCAUCCACUGAGGUGGCAGCUGCCACCGUGUGGCUUCAAGCUGAACGCGGAUGUGCUCUAGCAAGGGACAGCUCUGUUGCGAGAGUGGCUGCUGUUCUAAGAGACUUUAGUGGGAUCAAGUGAUAGAUACUCUUGCAAGGAAGCUGGUUCCUUUACACUCUCUCAACUCUAAAGAUUAUGGCAAAGAGAAAAAGGUAAUGAUUUUUGCUCUGAAUAUUGGUAUUUCUGCAUUUCAUUAAAAUCACCUCAGCAAAAGAGAAUCUCAGUGAAGUGAGCUCGUGUGUCCACACUAAAAGCUCUUGCACUAAUUAGAUCAAGGGUAUUCUGUCACC